AUGACGGAACCCACGGGAACCUGUGACGCAGAGAAUUGCUCGCUGCAUUUCCACUCCUCGCAUUCCACAGUUGCACUUCCAGAGGCCGGAGAACCAAAGUCGAUAGAGCAACAAAACAACGGCUCUGGACCACCUACUUCUGAAGGUGUAUUAGCCGACAAAGAUGGAAGAGGAAAGGGCGAAAAUGGAGCAGUCAUUGAUAAUCCUGUAGUGAAAGACAAGGGAUUCGGGCGAAUCGUCAGAAAUUUCACACCAUCAUGGUUUAUCAUCACGAUGAGUACCGGAGUUGUAUCAAUUCAACUUCAUCAACUGCCAUACAACGGAUCCGGAUUACAGAUUAUUUCAACCAUCUUCUUCGUAUUGAAUCUCGUGCUCUUCCUGCUUUUCACAUUCAUCUCUUGCCUCCGAUAUUUCAUGUACCCUAGAAUCUUCCCCGCUGUACUCAAACAUCCACAUCAAAGCUUGUUCCUCGCCACAUUUCCGGUCGGUCUUGCAACGAUUGUCAAUAUGAUAGUUCUGGUGUGUGUACCAGUCUGGGGUCAUGGUAUGGCUAUUCUUGCUUGGGUGCUUUGGUGGAUUGUGACGGUCUUGGCUUUGACUACAUGUUUCCAUUUGACAUAUGUUAUAAUGUCCAACAAACGAAGCGAUCUUGCCGAGAUGACCGCACUCUACUUCAUCCCAAUCGUAUCCGUCGUGAUUGCUGCAACGACUGGCGGGUUAGUUGCAGGCGCAUUGCGAAACCCAAAUCACAAACUUUGGACACUUACCAUAUCUUAUAUCCUGUGGGGGAUUGGAUCACCUCUGUCAUGGGUCAUCUUGAGCAUUUACUUCCUCCGUCUCACGGUCCAUGAGCCUCUAAAGCGGGAGGUCAUUGUGUCGCUGCUACUUCCAGUUGGACCACUUAGUUUAUCAGGAUUUAGUAUCAUCACCCUCGGCAAAGUCGCUGAACGCCUCUUCCCAAUCACCCACAGUCUCCCUCGAGUCGCCAAGGCGGGCGAUGUAUUUUAUAUCGUUGGAGUUCUCAUGGGGCUUAUUCUAUGGGGCUUCUCAAUCGUCUGGUUCAUGAUAGCUGUUGUCAUGAUAGCCACUGCAGGAGGCUUUCCAUUCAACAUGGGAUGGUGGGGAUUCAUCUUCCCAGUUGGCGUAUUUACACUCCUCACAAUUUCCAUCGGAGAAGAACUGGAAUCGCGAUUUUUCAAAGUGCUUUCUUGUGUAUUAACCGGAAUAUGUGUCAUCAUGUGGCUUGUCAUCGCGGCAAGAACAGCAUGGCGUUCCAUCACCGGUAAAAUGUUUUUCGCGCCGUGUCUAGGCACAGAUUUAUUUCAGAAAAAGCAACGCCCUGUAAAGCAACAUAGGUUCUUCAGAUCCGCGAAAGAAGCCGUAUGA